AUGGGGGCGGGAGCCCUGCUCCUGCUGCUCUCAGGGGCCCGGGCCCUGGCCCUGACCGAGGCCGGGGCUGCCCCUGCAGGCCGGACCUCGGACCAGAGACGCGCAUCCUUCCAGUCCCCGGGCACCCACAGCUUGAGAAUUCUCACCACCACCGUGUACCGCCCGGGCCGCGGGAAGAACCGCUACCUCGGCGCUGGCUACGUGGACGACACCGAGAUGGUGCGGUACGACAGUGACGCCAAGGGUCCGAGGCUGAAGCUGGCAGCGGCGGGGUUGGUGACGCUGUUGAUGGAGUGGCGGCGGGGGGAGGCGGAGCAUCGACAGUUUUGGGACGACUACAUGCUCAAAAUCCAGCACUACGAACAGAUGAGCAGUGCAAACCUGAACAAGCUGCGCGCCCACUACAACCAGAGCGAGGACGGGUCUCACACCCUCCAGGAGCUGAGUGGCUGCGUGGUGGGGUCAGACGGGCGCUUCCUCCGCGGGUACAAUCACUUCGCCUACGACGGCGCCGACUACGUCUCCCUGACCGAGGACCUGCACUCCUGGACCGCAGCGGCAGGAAUCAGCUGCAGCAAAAUUGUGCAGGUUCCCGAUGUGGAACGAAGGAGAGCCUACCUGCAGGAAAAGUGCGUGCGCUGGCUCCGCCUGAUCCUGGAGAAGGGGAGGGAGACUCUGCCCCCAGCAGACCCUCCAAAGGCACACGUGACCCACCACCCCAUCUCUGAUGAUGAGGUUACCCUGAGGUGCUGGGCCCUGGGCUUCUACCCAGCUGACAUCACCCUGACCUGGCAGCGUGAUGGGGAAGACCUGACCGAGGACAUGGAGUUAGUGGACACCAGGCCUGCAGGGGAUGGAACCUUCCAGAAGUGGGCAGCUGUGGCCGUGCUCCCUGGAGAGGAGCAGAGAUACACGUGCCAUGUGCAGCACCAGGGGCUGCCCAAGCCCCUGACCCUGAGAUGGGAACCCCCUCCUCAGACCUCCAUCACCAUCAUCUUUGUGGGCAUUGCUGCUGCCCUGGGUCUCCUUGGAGCCGCAGCUGCUGGAACUGUGCUGUGGAGGAGGAAGAGCUCAGGCAAAGGCAGGGAGAGCUACACUAAGGCUGCCUGUAAGUCUGGGUGUUGGGGAGGUGACAUCUGGGACCCUUGGGAGAGUGUGGGCUGGAGUCUGUGAGGAGCACUCCCCACCCCCU